CGGCAUUUUACGGGUUAGUAGAGAAGCCCAUGCUCGUUCCUCCAAUAUUCGGGCCGCGGGGAUUCGGCGCCGCUAGAAAACAGAAAACAAGCCACGGGGAUCGGGUGCUACCGCUAAAAAACUCACAAGAGGAGAAACGGGAAACUCAUUUGAUUUCGGUUUUGGGUGUCCCCAGCUUCACCGUGAUGGUGCUCUCGUGUUUGCGUAACAUUCGCAAAAGGAGGCGCUCAACAUCAACCUGUCAAAUCGUUCAUCCUGCAUUCUAGGGUCGUCUAAGCUUUCGUUGUUUGUCGUCUUAUUUGGGUACUUUUAGUAUGUUGUACUUAGGCAUACUAUGUAUAAAUGGG